AGUAAGAAGAAGAACAAAAAGAGGUUAUGGUAAAUGACAAAAAAUAAAAUAUGCAUUUUAAUAUAAUUUGAAAAAAUGGGCCCGCAACCAGUAGUGACGGGAUUGUCACCUAACGAGGGCCCACCAGGCACGCGAAUUAAAAUUAGAGGCGAAAAUUUAGGAAAAUCGCCCACAGAUUUGAUAGGAUUAACAAUAUGUGGGGUGGAUUGUCUUUUAACCGCGGAAUGGAAGUCGCCCAACAAAAUUAUAGCGAUUUCCGGUCCGAUAAAAGGCAAAGGGGAUGUAAUAGUGACCACUAAAUCUGGGGGAUUGGGCACUUGCAAUGUGAACUUCAGGGGGUACCACAUUGCCACCAUAGGGCCUAUGAAGGAGAGUGCUGUGUGGGUUGAAGAGACUCCAUUAUUCUCAUGGGGCCGUCAUUCAUUGUCACCAAACAGCUAUCAACAAGAAGAUCCUUUGGGUUUGUCAGUGGAGGAGAAUGAGAAAAAAAUAUCUGAAGAUGAGCUAUUGUCAUAUUAUCCUAAUAAAAAUGGAGAUAUUACCACCACAAAUUUCUCUCCUGGUUGGUUUUUGCUAGAAAAUCACCAAGCUACAAGCUUCAACGAUUUGCAAGCAGGUCUUGUACACUUAAAACGCAAAGUUCAAGGGCAGAAGGAAGGUCAACUUUCUUUUUUGAAAGCUAACAUCGGCGCCGUAAUGGAUCAAAUUGACACCCUUGUCACCCUUAAAGAUCGUUGUGUAUCAGACUUAGCGCAAUUCGGCCACGAACCUACACUUAAACUUGAAAAAUCAAUAAAAGAGUCAGAGAGGGAGGCUAGAAAGCUAUUUGAUGAUGUUCUAAGUCGAAAAGAGAGAGCAGAAAAGACUCGGAAUGCUUUAAAUGUAUUAACCCGUUUUAAAUUUCUAUUUUGUCUACCCUGCGCUAUUGACAGGAACCUUAAAAAGGGGGAAUAUGAUAUGAUUAUAAAUGAUUAUAUAAGAGUGAAGAAUUUGUUUCAAAAAACGGAUGUACCAAUUUUUAAAGAAGCUCUAAGUGAAGUGGAAAAACGGAUUGGAGAACUGCAAGGAAAAUUAUACCUUGAUUUGACAACAAUGCCCAUAACCGUUGAGCAACAAAAACGAAUAAUACGGUAUCUGGUUAACCUCGAUGCCCCAUAUGAUGCUGCCUGGGAUGCUAUCAAAUCCCAUUCAGAGUAUAUAAAUAAAAAAUUCAAACUAAUCUACAAUUAUCACAAAUCCUUGGACAAACCUGAUUCGAAAGUAAAAUCUGGAUCUGCUUCAAAAUAUUCCAAAUACACCAGUACCCCAAGUACAGAAAUUACCAUUAUACCUCCCUGUGUUAACUUUACGGAUGAAAUGUGUGUGAGCAUUGCCGAAACUUUUCCGGACCUAUGGAAAAUUGGACAGGCUUACUUCUCUGGGGAAUUGCAGGUUAAAGUAGAACCUGGCAGGCAAGUGGAAUACAAGCACACGGUAAUGUUGGUAAUAGAGACCUUCUGCAAAUACAUACGUGCAAACCUAUUACCCCAUACUCUUGAUAAAUCCGAAAGAUCACAAUAUGGAACUCUCAAUAUACCAGAGAAAGAUGAAAUUUCUAUUUAUCUGCCUGAACUGCUAUACUCUGUAAGAUCAACUUACUCGGCCUUCAUCAAGUUGGACCUCCCAAAUGAAGCUCUGAAUAUAAUCAGCGUUUUGCUGCUCGAUUUAAGGAUUCAUUGUAUGAGUAUCAUGUUCCAGCAGACAAUAGAGCAUGUAAAGCAACUCACCGAGGAUUGGAGCAUCAAUUACAGCGGGAAGUACACGGGAGUUACGGAGCUGCCACUGAAAUUUCUUCAGCAUAUUGAAGGAAUGGUCCAAGUCAUCAAAGAAUCUGUCUUGUCCACUGAACAAAGAGAAAUAUCCCUACUGGAGAACCCAGUAGCCCAAAAGGAAAUGGAGAAGCAAGUUACCAUAAUUUUAACAACAUUUCACAAUGUUUUGAACAAUCUAUCUUUGACCGAAGAUUAUUUGGACGGGGACAACGACAUCCCUGCAGUUUCUCAGUUGAUCGGCACGCCGGUCAGCUCGCAUAAAUCGGAAAGCAAAAGUAACGUGCCCAUAUGGGACCAUAGACUUCUAAUCACCUUAUCCAACUGUUUAUUCACUAAAAAUGUGGUAUUGACGAUGGUCAGGGAUAAAUUCAAGGAAGGAGGUUUUCCGGCUUUCGCUGGACCAUUUCUCGAUGCUCGCAACAAGCUGGAGCAUCUGGAGAAAUCCAUAUUGGAGAAGUAUUUGGAACAAAAGAGUGAUCCCCUCGUGGGAACCAUAGAACCCUCAAUGUACUUGGGUCGGUUCGAUUGGGACUGGCCCAUUAGCCCCACAGACAUACGUCCUUACGCCAAAGAGUGCAUCAACAAUUUGAUAAGUGUCCACGGGGAAAUAAUAAGCAUUUCUCCAUUGCUCUUGGAUGCUGUACUGCCACAGGUCAUCGAGACAGUCGCCGAAGAACUGUACAGGUUGAUGUCGUGUGUGAAAAAGUUCAGUCCUCAAGGGGGACAGCAAGCGACAGCCGAUAUCUACGCGCUUCAAGCCUUUUUACAGGAUUACUGUACCGAAGAAGCUCAGAAUUACUUUAAGGAAGCGUUGGAUAUCAUACCCAAGUUAGAGAGAACUGAACUAAUUGUGGUUGAGGAUAUUUUGAAACAAUGCAAAGCGAGGAUGAAAAUGCAGCUUUCAGCUUUGAAAAAGUAAUUUAAAGAUCCACAUAAAAUUCUAUAUAUGUUCAUUAAUUUAUAAAAACACGUUAUAACACUGUUUUGCAAUUUUAAAGACUAAGCAACCAGGAUUUAUUCCGGAUGGCCAAUUAAGCCAGGUAUAAACGAUGUCACGCUAAUCGUAAAUAAAAAAAAUCGAUUUUUCAGACAUUUUUCCCCAUGUCUUUAGAUAAGGUGGUCGAGGAAAUACAAAUAUUUAACUUAACGUCAGCCUAACCUCUAAAGUGUAUAAAUUAAAUAAAAAUCCCUGAAAAACUGCCCACCACAAUUCUUAAUGCUUAAUCCUAAACUUAUUUAAACAGGUUUACCCAAUUGCUUAAACCCGAAUAGAACAAAAGAGCAAUUUCUAAUUUGAUGCAACUCGAUUACUUUUUUUUACCUUACUUUUUGAGGAAAUUGUUUGUUCAAUAGUUCAAUUUUGAGAAAUUACAAAUUAAGGAAUUGUAUAACCAAUAUCACUUAUGUCAAAUUAUUGUUAAAAAAAAUGUUCAAAGCAAACUGCAAAACUGUUUGGCUGCUUGAUAUAAAUCAGUUUCCCCGUUUCAGUUUUUCGCUAAAAUCUCAAGUGAUAAGAAAGAGAGCACUUUUGCACUAGUUGCUUUAUUUCUCAGUUCUUUCACUGUUCAGUAAGAUACAGCUGCUUACCUUGCUUAAUUAGUCGCCCAGUUAUAGUUGGACUUUUUAAUAUUCCUU